AUGUCUUGGUAUUCACAUUCAAAAUAUGAUUAUUUAUCAGAUAAAAACUCAGAAUACAAUAGCGAUUUUGGGGAUGAUUUGCCAAAUUUAACAAUCGAUAAGCAACAAAUUUUGCGAAAAUAUAAAUAUCUUAAUCGCCCUAAUUGGCCCAGAAAAGAAUGUCUUUAUGCUUCGAAAAAUAUUCAGCCUGAAGGAUGGAUUAUCUGGCAAGAAUACCCUCAUUGCUAUAGAUAUUUCCAUAACUUAUCUAAGUUUGAAAUAUGGCAUGAAUCGAUACCCGAAAACCAGCAAAAAUUUGCAUCAUAUCCCGAUCCUUUAGAUCGAAUAAAAAUAUCUCUUGGACAGAAAUCGUUUGAUGGCGAGAUUUAUUUAUAUAUUAAAAAUACUCUUCGAAUUGCUAUAAAAGAAAUAACUGGAUUAAAUCUUUCAAAAGAUAAUCUUCUUGUAGCCGAUUCCUCAAAUGAGUCUAAGUGGAGUAAACAUUUGAUAUUACCUAGAUAUUUCGUUCGUGGUGCAUCCAAAGCUCAAAAAUUUACAUCGCGAAUCUUAGAACUUCUUCCAGAAAGAAUGCAUCCUUUUAUUGAUGAAAAAGUAAACAAAGAUCUCCAUUGCUUUCGACUAGCGGGAAGUCAUAAAGCCAAAGACUCUUCACGCAUUAAGUGCAUUUGUUCAAAUCAUACUUGGAGAGAGUCACUUAUCACUCAUAUUGAGAAAGAUUCCGCAGAACUCUGGCUAUAUGAAUGGAAAGAAGAAAAGAAAAAACCGAAAAAUGAGUCUGUUUUACAUGAGCAGAGUGAUACUGCAAUAAAAAUAGUAGAAGAACAAUUUCCUUUUCUGUCUUAUCGAAAUUCUAGUAAUGGCUUUGAUACUUUUGAUAGAACUCUGCCUACAACAUGUUUGAUCUGUGAAAAAGAGCACAUGAGAGAAGGCAAAAAAAAGGUGAAUCUGGUAUCGAAGUCAUUAGAGCAGACAAUGAUAGCAGGACCA